UUGCGUUGGGAUCGUUUGAGUUGUCGGGCACAUGUCCCAGAGGCAGUGCACCCGAGUUACAUUGAUCCCGGAUCUCAAACUCCGAAUUUCGUAACAGAGAAAAUGUGCAGCAAGAUUCUUCUAAUAAUGUAUCGCGAAGAAGCGGCACAGCUGUGUGAUGUGUUUGAACAACGUCUGUUGCUUCAAGUUGAUCCUGCGCGUUUGGAAGAUUCCUUCAUGAAGCAUGAACUAUUUCUCUGUGUUGAACUGUGGUUUGCCGAAGAAUCAGUAAACGAAGCGUUUGUGGUCCAAGCCAUGGAGAAGCUGCAUGAACGCGAACUACGGAUUCAUUUCACACCCACCCGAGGACUUCAUCACCAUUUCGAUGUGUUUUUUGACUACUUUCAUCUUUGUGCAGUCGAAAUGGCCAUUCACGGUGCUCUUACCAACAUUUCGCCGAGUGUGAUCAGCCCACCGAAACCAACACAGCGCAUGAGUUCGCUGCCACGGUCUGCCUCGUUGCAGAAUUUGGCCCAACAAUCCUGGCAUAGAAUAUUGUUCAGCGUGCGUAGCCAUGCAACCCGUAAACAACUCGCACUCGCCAUACACCGACACCUAUGUCAUGCUCUGCUCGCAGCUCGUGAAUCGAUGCUGCUGUUCUGGCGCGAAAUUCUCCCAUAUUUACCUAUUCAUUCCAAACCACGUGAUGAUUCGCUGGAUUUUUCACACAAGUUAGAGCAGCUGGUAGAAACCAUGAUGGCACAAACCACAGAUGAAGAUAUGGCCAAUCAGAUUUCACUGGACGUUUCAAGAUUGUCUUCACAAAACACGGUGCUUAUUAAAAAGUUGUGCAAAUCGUGCGCACUCCAGCCUAAAGUUGCAACCUACCUCAGGCGUAAAACCCAUCAAAUUCGUAUGAAGCGGUUUGCGGAGUCGUUUUUCUGUCAAGAGCUUUCACUCGUUCAUCUUCUGGCCGUGUAUGAUCCGAAUACGGUUGGACACGAGGCACUAGCAAACGAAGUAAGACAAUCCGCCUACUUUCAACACUUACCUUCACUACCUGUCAGCUGCCGCGAAUUGGAUGGAGACACGACUAGUUUGCCGAUUAUUUUCGAGGACAUAUAUCUAUCGCCUCCGGUCGAUUCAACUGAUGUGAAGGAAUCAGGAGGGCUCGGUGACGAUGCUGUGUACGAGACUGUCAAACCGUCGGUGCUGGCUGAUCGUUGCAGUUCACCAAUAAGCGUACUUGUCAAUGGCACCUGUGAACCUGUAAAGACCAGAAAGACUGUGGACGUUGCUGUUGGUACUCGAUCCGAAGUUCGUGGACGGCGUUCGUCACUCGUCGGUAGCUGCCCUGAUCAACACGCACGCACCUCCUCCCUGUACAAACUCAAGUUAUUUUCACGGUCCAGUCCGGCGCUUGCGGAUAUUGGACUUCCUCGUGUGUCACUCAAUCUACCACCGGUUCUGCGGUAUCUCGGCCAGAAUAAACGAAGACGAUGCCGAACCAGUUAUCCAGGACGUCGAUCAUUUCACCUGAUUCGGCCGCGGGUUCACAGUGUUCUGCCUACUCCCAACCACACAGAUUCCAUCCGUUUAUUAGGCUACCGCAACCGUACACCGGAUGAUUCGAUGGAGAACUUGUUCAUUUCUUCAGAUACUCCCAUCCGCCGACCCACUACACACAGAUCACGUGAUCGCCACCCUUCCACCCCCGAGUUGCCCACUAGUAAUGCCUCCGUCGGGCGUGUUGGGCCAGUAAGUCGCGAAUCGUCUUCAAACCAAUCGGGUCGCCAAGUCAGCUCGCCCACGAGAAUUUCUCUCUCCUCACAGCCCAAUGAUGAAUCUGCUAUGAAGGCCUCACGAAAUAAAUCAAUAAUACGGGCGGACAGUUACUCCGAAUUCCGCACCAGGGCUUCUACUGUCUCUCAUUCUUCAUAUCGACGGGUGUUUCGCAAAGUGAACAUUUCGCGUGCACAAACUGUGCGACUAAGUUGGACUCCCAGUUCCAGUGAUCGACCGACCAUCGCACUGGGCACACUUAGUCGGCCACCUCCGUUUCCUCCCGGUGGCCGCAUGCCAAAACCUGAUGUGUCAGAAGGGAUAGAUCUGUUUCCAUUCUCAAAGUCCCAUACUCUCUCCAGCCUGUCGGUACCGAAUAUUUUUACUACCUGUUCACCAUAUCGAAUCAACUCUGAUUCUGCCUUGAGCGAAUCUACGAAGAAAGCGAAAACAUUCAGACACCUCAAACAACGGCCUAGGAAACUUUCUUGUCGAGGGUCGAGUUUAGCCUAUUUGGGUUCCUGUCCCGAUUUGACGGUAUCAGUGGUUCCAGAACUGGCUCUACACAACACGUCCGCCCAACUAAUUACUCAGUCGGCUAAUCGUCGUCACCUUACUUCAGUCAACUUAGCGCGAUGCAUCUCACGGUCCACAUCGGACGUGGAGUCUGCAGUGCGUGCCUCCAAAUCCACCCUAUUACUACCAUCCUUUGACACUAUUGCUGAUACAACCGUCUCCGCCACAGGUCCCAUGGAAUCCCGAUCGCUCGAUAAGGGUCUCCAAUCAACCGACAACCGCAAUAACAUUGGUCCUACUACCCUUGGCACUCGUUCUUUGGUAAAGGACCUUCAAAUUAAUGGCGAUUUGUCCGUUGUUCCGGUAGAAGCACACCAUAUGCACAGUGAAACAACUGUAACCCCUCGGAUUCAACACGUAAACGGGAAGCCCUGCGCGAUAGUCAAUCAAAAUAUCGCAUUUAACAUAAAUCACGUGUAUGAGUCGAAUCCUAUUGGACAGGCCCCAGCACAACCGUCUUCUGUCAAGUCACCGAAUGAACACCGGUUAACUGAAUGCGGCUAUCACGUGUUGAAUCUUGAGGAUAGUGAAGAUGAAGAUGUGUUCCCGCACGAAAAUCCAAAGGAUGAAAAGCUUAGUUUUGUGGAGUUGUUGCGACAAGAGAAUGCAUGUCUCUCCAGUGUGAUGGCCACAAAACAUGCACAGUCUGCUGUGAAUCUAAAGGCACUGGACGUUUCUCGCGUGCGCCAACCAAAAGAUGCUCAGUCCGUUGGUCAUUUGCCAAUGACCCCUCUGUCUAACCCAGGCGUCGAAAACGAACUCCCUCUUAGUUUUUGUCCAAGUGGCCUUCAACGCUCUCUGAUUGACCUCGUGUGCCCGGGUGUGAUGGAUUUUCUACAACUGAAGGAAGACAUCAAGCGAAAAAUCGCUGUUGACUUUCAGGGCCACGUAUACAGUGAUUUUGCCACUGUAGCAUCACCUUAUGCCUAUUUCUCCGAAACAGACUCACAGAGUGAAGAUGUUCAUUUGGUUGUUUGCGUUCAUGGAUUAGACGGAAACGCCAGUGAUUUACGUUUGGUCCGAGUUUACUUACAACUGGCUCUCCCCGAAUGUCGUCUGGAAUUUCUCAUGUCUGAGUGCAAUCAGCAGGACACAUUCGGUAGUUUUGAUUCAAUGCGCGAUAAUCUGGUUGAUGAAGUGAUUGAUUUCAUCCGUGAACUGGGUGAACCACCAACUCGAAUCAGGUCUUCCAUCGUUUCGCUUUUUGAUCUCACAUACAGUUUUAUUGGACACAGCAUGGGCUGUGUUUUGGUUCGAGCUGCUCUGCUCAGCCCAUUGAUGAAGCCCUAUCUCCCCAAACUUUACACAUUCUUAUCUCUGAGUGGACCUCAUCUGGGUACCGUGUACAAUUCUUCCGGCCUCGUCAACAUGGGCAUGUGGGUUAUGCAGAAGUGGAAGAAAUCUGAGAGCCUUUCCCAACUGCGACUCCGGGACGAUCCAGAUCUGCGCCAAACCUAUAUGUACAAACUUAACGCCAGUGCUGGUUUGGAUUUAUUCCGCUACGUUCUACUAGUGAGCAGUCCACAAGAUCGCUAUGUGCCUUACCAUUCCACACGAAUCGAACUAUGCCGUGCAGCAGUUCGAGACAGUUCUUCUUUAGGUAUUGUGUACAUGGAGAUGGUUACGAACGUGUUGCAACGCCUAAUCAAGUCUCAACGGACAACCGUUGUCCGCUACGAUAUUCACUAUUCUUUGGGAACGUCUGCAAACAACCUCAUCGGCCGCGCAGCACAUAUCGCCGUGUUGGACUCGGAGAUAUUUCUGGAGAAAUUUAUCUGUGUUUCAGCUGCCAAAUAUUUCCGAUGACCUAGGGAAAUUGCAGGCUGUGAUGCACAUCAAGUUCCCGGUGGUCAGCUUCGCCCGGUUGCUGUACUCAAACGGCGAUUCGUCCAGCUCGCUCUCCUCACCUAACCUCAUGAGUUCGCAACUCACAUCAAGAGCAUUUUUCAGUCUCGCCCCUUUUGCUCUGAUAUUUUGCUUUUUUUUUAAUUUUCCGAACUUUGUACGAGUGCUUUAAUUUGUACUUGGACUCGGAUGGCUUCUUUCCCUGUUUAUUCUUUCAUGCACGCCGACCUCUGUUUUUCCUGAUGAACCACCCUUGUCGCUAGUCCACAUUACACAGUUUAUGCAUCAUUCUUUUCCGCGUGCACAGAUAGACACACAUUCAUACCCCACACACGGUAUUUCUACGUUUUUUGUAUUUACUUAACCAUUAUUCAUUUCUGUUUGAUAUCUUCACUGGUUUGCCGUUUCGUACUUAUUUGGCUGUCUUGUCUCCGUCCAUGUACUUACUCACUUCUCUUUGUUUAUUCUUAUAUCUUAUUUGAUCAGUUCCACACAGCACUCUUUUGGUCCAAGUGGGAGUGUAAAGGUCCGUGUUUUUCAGAUUACAUCUUGCUCAACCCG